CAGCUUUGUCGUUGCAGAAUAUCUGCAGAGUUGAGCAGCUGUGCGAAGGGAAAAGUACAUGUAUAGUCGGCCUGGAUUGACGGGGAAGCCUUUGUCCUCAAUCUCAGCUACAACAAAAAAAUAAACGGAUUUUAACUGGACAAGCAACAUAUCUUUAACCUGAUCUAUGAUCCCUGAGACUUGGAAAGUUAUAAGAACUUGACCACUUGGAAAUGAUGCCUGCACUUCCUACAACCAUGAUGGUCCAUGACUUCGACAGCUUCAACUCAUCCCCUUCCCCAAUGGACGCCACCGCCAAACGGUCGUCAUGGGGGAAACUGGUGCAGAAGUUAACCGACUUCAGUGGAGACGGCAAUAGCAGCGGUCACAGUAUAGACUCCGACUCAGACAAUGGCAGCAGGACUGAUCUCUCAGAUUCCGGGUUUGACUUUCCCUCUAUCUCCUCAUCUGAUGACUUCGACAACAUGUUAUAUGAUGAUCUCCUCUCGAUGGAGGAGACCCUUCUGAAGGAACUUGUGGACCUAAUUGCCAGUAGCUUAAGGGAAGCCAAAGACGGUGCCCUGAGAUGUUCCAAACUACUCAUCCCUGAGAAGCUUCUAGAACACAUAGGCCAAGAGCUCCUUCACCUGGCGGCCAGCGAGCCCUGCGGCCUGAGGGGGGCUCUCAUAGACCUCUGUGUGGAACAGGGGGAGGUGUGUCAGAGUAUGGAACAGAUCGCCGUGGAUCCAUAUCUCGUCCCUACCUUCCAGCUCACACUGGUGCUGAGGCUCGAUUCUGGAGGACUGUGGCCCAAAAUCCAAGGGCUUUUCUCCACAAAGUCUCCAUCCAGUCCCGUAAAGAGACAGGCGAUUAGACUGAGCACGGGCUUCAGAGUGAUCAAGAAGAAACUGUACAGCUCUGAAGAGUUGCUCAUAGAAGAAUGCUGAAAGAAACCAAAGAGACUUUCUUUAGAUAUUUUUCUAAUAAACCUUGUUGUACCAAGUGUCCUACCUACAACGCUCAUCAGAGCCCUAGUGAUCAACAUUUUGGAUUCUAGUCAAAUGUAUGAUUUCUAGGACAUUUUCUUAACUGUUAAGAUGAGCCGCCGAUUACUUUGCUGUGUACAUGUACAUUAUUUGCGGAUUGGUGUCCCUGUGUAGGGGAGCCACAGUAAAUGGUACGUGACAAGUUAAUAAGAGAACAACAUUUGUGCUUAAGAGAAAGGAGCGGGGAGCUACAGUAAAUGGUAUGUGAGUAGUUUAGUGUGCUUAAGAGAUUGGCGUUAACCCAAACACUGAAAAUGAAGUUUCCGGCACUUUUGCAAACCACUAAUAUCUAUUUUAUAAAAGAUGGGUGGUUUGGUUUUCCAUUUAUUGUUAAAAAUGUUUACCUGUUUCUAUUGAAACCAGACAAUGGCAGCUAGCUGUAUGGUAAUGUUUGUAUGUGGCCAUUUAGAAACUGUGGUAAUAUAUAUUUUUCUUCAUGGCAAUUCAUUGUACACCAUGGUAAGGGGACCAGAUUGACAUGUUUGGCUAGAGACCAACAUUACUUACCAGUACUUGCUUCUCCGUCUGUAGCAUCCAUUCUGUGAACCACAGGUCAGUUUACUUGAUUCUUUAUUUCCAGUUUAGAAUGGUUUGUCCUCCUGCAUACUCAUCUGUGCAUCAUUUUAUUUGAUAUUCAAAUAUCCACACUGUCUUGAUACUUUCCAUUUAAUGAACUUCAGAUAAUAAAUAUUAUUUUUUACAAAA